AUGGUUUCAGUUGAAUUGAAUGACAAUGAAGAAGAGGGUUUGAUUGAUGAAGCAAAUGACGGAGAUUUGGAGAUUAUGGUGAGUGAGGCCAUCAAGUGUGAAGAAGAUCUGUCUUUUGGUGAAAUAGUGAAGCAAACAACUUUUUUUUCUGUAGUAAUUGAUUCUGACAGAAGAGAUGUCACAGCUGAGGAUAUCAAAAAAGACAUUCCAAAUGGUUUUGAGCGUCUUUUGUGUAAUCAACCAGAAGGAGUACAUGAAGAUAAAUUGUCUGUAUCAACUGACAGUUCUUAUCUUUUCUCUUUUGACAUAAAUGAUGAUGAUUUUGUGAUGAUGGACGAGGCCUCUGCUGAUGUUACUCGCUUAUGCGAUAGUAUUUCCAGCACUGAGUCAUCCUCUUCAAAAAAUUUGGAGACCAACUUCAUUGAUUUUCAACUCAACCCCAACAACAGUAGCUCUUACUUCAUUGAUGCCCCCUUUGAUCUUCUUGUAAGAUGCGUAACACCUUACAUUAAGAACUCUUUUAUUGACGCAUGCGAGGAUGUAUCUGUAUAUAGCUUUCAGGUUGUUUUUAAACUCCUGAUAUAUUUUUACUGA